GUCAGAGUGCCGCUUGAAACUUUGGCGUUAGUGCAAUAUUAAAAAUUUGAUGUGAAUUGAUAAAGUGCCUCGCUUUUUCCCCUGGAUUUACUCCAAACUAUUACACACCUAGAUAUAUCACUAUGGUUACAAACGUCCCUACUAUUAAGUUGAACAGCGGAUACGAUCUUCCUAUGAUCGGUUACGGUACCUUUGGAGGCAAAGAUGCUCCUCAUCAAGUUUACGACGCUACAAAAGUGGCAUUAGAGGCUGGCUACCGUCACUUUGAUACUGCUUUUCUGUACGAAACCGAAGAAGCUUUGGGUAAAGCUAUCCGCGAAAGCAAUGUUCCCCGAGAAGAAGUUUUUGUGACAACCAAGUUAUGGCAAACGUUCCAUAAACCCGAACAUGUUCGUCCUGCUUGCGAGAAAUCGUUGGAACUUUUGCAGUUCGAUUACAUUGAUCAGUACAUGAUGCACUGGCCGAUGGCAUGGGAAUUCCGCGGUUACGAAUUUAAGGAUAUCAAGGUCAAAGAUGAAAAUAACGAUAUCAAGUGCAUUGAUGUGCCCAUUAUCGAUACAUGGAAAGCCAUGGAACAGCUUGUGAAGGAUGGUCUGGUGCGCACGAUCGGUGUUUCCAACUUUACUAUUCCUAUGCUCGAAGAUUUGCUCAGAAAGUGCGAGAUUCCUCCUGCUGUGAAUCAGGUGGAAAUUCAUCCUUCGUUGCCUCAAGAGGAACUUUUGGAAUACUGCAAAUCCAAGGGUAUCGCAUUGACAGCUUAUUCUCCUUUGGGUAACCCUGGUUACUCCCAAGGCGGUGUGAUCAAGACUUUGGAAGAACCUGUGGUACUACAAAUUGCGGAAAAGUACGGCAAGACACCCGUACAGAUUUUGUUAAACUGGGGUGUAGCCCGCGGUUAUGCCGUGAUCCCCAAGUCCGUGACGCCUUCGCGUAUCAAGGCCAACAUUGAGUACUUCAAAAUGGAUCCCGCAGAUGUGGAAGCUAUCACUGCCAUUGGUCGCGGUAAGCCCGUCCGCACGUGUGAUCCCGUAGUUAUGUUCGGUAUUUCGAACGAUGUGUUCAGCGAACAUAAAAAGUAA